AUGAUAACAGAACUGGGUGCUGGGAUUGAAACCUAUGAUAGUAAACAUUUAUUGAGGUAUAGAUAUAAUUUUAUAUUUAGUAAUUUGCAAAGAAGUGAACGGCAAUCAACUUAAUUGCAUGUAAUCAACUUUAUUGAUGGUGGUCAAUAAAGUUAGUUUACCAACACAGAAAAAUUCAUAUUAGUAAGAACACAUUGGUAUAGAAGGAACUAGAUACUGUUCCGAAAUAUCACUUAUUCGAACCGUCCUGACCGCGUAGCUCAGUUGGAAGAGCAUUGGGCUAGUAUUCCAAAGGUCGUAGGUUUGAAUCCCACCGUGGCCGGGCAUAUUUUUCAAGCUCGCCCGGUGUGGAUAUGCACUCAGAGUAACAUCGUAAACAUAUUAUUCACCUGAGUACACAACACCAACACAGAAAAAUUCAUAUUAGUAAGAACACAUUGGUAUAGAAGGAACUAGAUACUGUUCCAAAAUAUCACUUACUCGAACCAUCCUGACCGCGUAGCUCAGUUGGAAGAGCAUUGGGCUAGUAUUCCAAAGGUCGUAGGUUCGAAUCCCACCGUGGCCGGGAAUAUUUUUCAAGCUCGCCCGGUGUGGAUAUGCACUCAGAGUAACAUCGUAAACAUAAAGUUAGUUUAGGUUUCCUCGUGUAGUAACACUGGAUCAAUAAGAGAUGAUCCUUUACUGGACCUCUAGGAAGAGCAGUUUAGAACUGAUAGAGCUAUCCAGUAUAAAUAAAGUUAGUUUAGUUUAGGCUUCCUCCUGUAGUAACACUGGAUCAAUAAGAGUUGAUCCUUACUGGAUCUCUAGGAAGAACAGUUUAGAACUGAUAGAGCUAUCCAGUAUAAAUAAAGUUAGUUUAGGUUUCCUCCUGUAGUGACACUGGAUCAAUAAGAGAUUAUCCUUUACUGGACCUCUAGGAAGAACAGUUUAGAACUGAUAGAGCUAUCCAGUAUAAAUAAAGUUAGUUUAGUUUAGGUUUCCUAACAGAAAACCACUAUGGGAUAGAGGUAGCGUUCUAAUAAUCUUUUUAAUCUAGAGCAUUUGACAAAGACAACAAGGGGUAUUUAGAUGUGGAUGAUAUGUUACAUGGUCUGGCUGCAAUGGACCCCAGGACAACUCACGGUGGCGUUCCUGCAGAGCUGCGUUGCAGAUACAUAUUCAAAUACUACAACGUUUCUCAAAGUGGACAUCUCGACCUGGAUGAACUGAAGUAUGUAAACAGUUGUUCUUGAUCUUUUGUGAUUUUCUUAUAUUGAAAUUUGCGUUAGAUGAACGGACAGAAUGAAGACGAAAUGUUUAUCUAGACAGGAAGAACGAAAACCAUCACCAUAGCUAGAAAGAGCAUCUUAAAAGAGUAAAAUUGCAAAGUUUGAUUGCGAAUUGUUGUAAAAUGAGGAAAAUAUAGCCCGGUGAAGUUCCCAUAUUUUGUAUAUAUUUGCAUUACGCGCUGUAAAAAUAACCAUUUUUGAGCCGAUAGUGGUUAUUUUUCCCGCGCGUAAUACAAAUAUAUACAAAAUUUGCUAACUUCACAAGGCUAUAUUUUCUUCAUUUUACAACAUCCAGCAACCAAUCUUUGCAGUUUUACUCAUUCUAAGAUGCUCUUUCUAGCUGUGGUGUUGGAUUUCGUUCUUCUUGCCUUGAUCAAAAUUUGGUGUAGUAUAGCUGAAAUCACCCAUUGAUGGUUUCAGUAAGCAUUGCUGGGCAGCAGAUGGUAGCAAAGACAAUUAAACUACAGUACUGUACAUCUCUGAAUUUGCCUUCAAAUACAAUACUACUGCAUAUAAUGGAAAUAAUUAUCAUUAUUUUCUCACUUUGCCAGCUGCAGAUUGACCAACAUCUGUUGCACGCUUAGUGAAAUACAUCAAUAGCACUUUCUCAACUUUUUCAAUUUAGAGAAAUCAUGAAAGAUAUUUGCAAGAGUAAAGGCGAGGUCACCACCAAUGAAGAAUUGGACACAAAAGUUAAACAAGAGAUUAAGUUAGUAAAUGUUACUGGCAUGCUUGGUUUGACAUCAAAGGGCCCACAAUAAUUGGUUUAUACUUCAUGUUGUGGUGUCCCCGCCAUUCGUUGUUAGACUCAGUGAUAUACAUGUUCUGGGGUUUUUUUUUCUGUGUUGGUGUUGUGUACUCAGGUGAAUAUGAUAUUUGUGAUGUUACUCUGAGUGUAUAUCCACACCGGGCGAGUUUGAAAAAUAUGCUUGGCCACGAUGGGAUCGAACCGAACCGAACGGAUUACUCGAACCGUCCUGACCGCGUAGCUCAGUUGGAAGAGCGUUGGGCUAGUAUUCCAAAGGUCGUAGGUGCGAAUCCCACCGUGGCCAGGCAUAUUUUUCAAGCUCGCCCGGUGUGGAUAUACACUCAGAGUAACAUCACAAAUAUUAUAACAUGUUCUGCUGUUGUAAUGUUCUGUUUGUAUGUACGUUUGUGUUGGCGUUUGUGUUUAAUAAAUAAAUAAAUAAAUAAACAUCAAAAUGCAUCAUCCGUCUGACAGGUCACUCCAUCGCAGGGUUAACACAGGACAAACUAUUCAGACAAACUAUCUAGAAUAGCGUGAUGAAUACUGGCAAUGGUUUGAGAAGCAAGUUCAUCUCUGUGUGGACAAAUUAUGCAGAAAGUUUGUCCAUAUACUGUAGACAGUUGAUUUGUCUAUUCGCCGUGUAUGAAAUGACGAACUACAGUAUAUUAUCCUUUCUAACUGCAUGCCCCAGGGUGCGAUAAUUCAAAUUUUUUAGUCGUACCUGACUGGUACUCCAAUCAUUAUUGCUGCGUACUUGAGCUGGAACAAACUUAAUACUCAAGGGUGCUUAAAUUAGUCUUUAGAAUAAAGUACAUAACGUACAGCUUUCUGAAAGGUAUUCAUUCAGUGACCUGAAGAUCGACUAUAACAUUCCUUAGUCCCAUCUCAUCAUAUCAGUCCAGGUCAUGCUAGACUUGCACAUAUUCCGACUAAAUUAUGGUUUUGAAUAACUUGGGCUUGGAAGAUCAAAUGGUAUAAGCAAAAAGUUAAGCACGCAGAUGAGAAGAAUAUCGCGUACCUACGUGAUACUUGGCUGGAAACAAGGAAGUACCAGACCGUAAUAUUGGCGCACCUCCGGUACUAAGUACGCGAAUUAUCGCACCCUGAUGCCCAUAAUCGUUCAAACAAAUGAUCUGUUUAAACAACUUGCCCAUUUUAUAUUUUCAGGAUUUUUGGAGAGGAUUUAACAGACAAGGUGCCUUUGAAGGAAUUCCUGGACGGUGUUGGACAUCUGAAAUUUCGUGGGACGUCUUUGCUAUUUCGUCUGUUCAGUCCUCUCAAUGAAAUUGUGGCUAAAAAGACGAAACAAAGUCCUCAUAUUACUAAGAAAAG